AUGAAUCAGCCACCUACCUUCCCUGUCUCGACACCGCUAGAAUACUCACUCUUCUCGCCCUCCAAAGCUGCAGAACAGCAACGUUUGGCCAAAGAUUGGAACUACGUUCAUCAGUUCUUGCGGCAGAAGUACCCUUCUCCGCAAAAGGUGCCGAGGUUUGAGGAGAAUGAGGAAACGUUAAAAGCACUUUUGGCGUUGGCUGCGUGGAACGAGAGGGGGGACGAGGCAUGGGGUCAGUUGUGUGGGAUUGAGGAGAUGGGGGUUAGAGAGUUGGAAGAGAUGGAAGAGAGAACUCACAAUACGACAAACACUCUCAACAACACACUCACAACAUCCCUCCAGUCCUCCCUCUCCGCGAAUGGAAUCACAGACCUCACAGCCCAAGCAACAACAGCAGUAACCCUCAACACCACCACGACUUCUGCAACUACCCUAGCAACCACCCUCCUCACCCUCUCAACAACCCUCUCUUCCCUCAACAACCAACUCAGCGCUACCCAAACCCUCAAAGCAAAUCUUCUAACCCAUCAGUCUUCCUUACAAACCGAACAUCAAACCCUGACAUCUCAAGCCUUCCAAACCGAAUCCAAUCUCCCCAAAAGAACGGCAGAAGUUUCCCGACAGACCAAAGUCCUCAAGGCAAAGGUUGCCGAAUACGAUGAGAGGCUGAGAAAUGCAUCUGACGGUGGUGCAGAGAUACCGGAAGUUUUGCUGGCCGAGGUGGAAGCUUCGAAGACGGGGUUGGGGAUGUUGAUGAAGAGGUUAAGCGAUGUGGAGAGUAGGAUAGAGGUGUUUGAGGGUGUGCCGCCAGAGGCAAAGGAGGUUAGGAGGGUGAUGCAGGAUUUGAGGGCAGAGUUGGAGGGGUGGGUUAUGAAGAGGGAUGGGAUGUUUGAGGGACUGGUGGGUUGUGCGAGACGAUAG